AUGGGCAGGGAGAAACAGUUUAGAGCCAAUGUGAGAGGAAAGCUUGUGAAUUCAACUAUCAAACCUACUGAGACAGAGAAACUGGAAUGUAUAUGUCAAAAAAAAAAAACCCAAGAAAAACCCAUGAUCACCCAGACAUCCUAGAUGAAACUAAAUGUAACUCACAAAGAAAAUACAGCUGUUUUGUAUCCAAUCUAUGAUAUGCAUAUUGGAGACAAAUGCAAUGGAAGAAUUUAUAUUGAUAAUGCUUCCAGGGAAGACAAGAUUUUAUCCCUUGUCAGGAGCACUUUGGAGGAUGUUGUUCCUUACUUUUUCUCCACUGUAAUUUACCCAGAUGGAAUUUGGGAAAAAAUUAUAGAAGUUAUUCAUCCAGCCGAUGCUUUUGAAGUAUCUGAGAAACAAUAAUGCAAUAAUCCCAUGUCUACUGAGCCAGGGGGAAAUGUUGCUUUAAUUUGCCUUUAUAAAUUGGGCAAUUCAGUACAGCAAAUGAAGUGGGAAAGGAUUUAAGUAGGUUGGGUAGACACUGCUGUUCUGUGCAAGUUGUCAGGAAAGCAAAGCUUUGGUUCAGAUUUCAAAGAGCUCAGAAUGGCAGAUUGCUUUUAUCAGUCAAGCUCCAUGAUCAUCAUUCAAAACAUUUCAGCCUCUGACUUUGCAGCCUACCACUGCAUGGCUACUGGAAGAAAUCUGAUUUACAUGAUGAGUUUUAUUGAGACUGUAACAACUUGGGAUCACAAAUGGUUUAUUAUCUACAUAGCUGGAGGAAUUUCUGGCUUACUGCUAGUUUUCCUACAAAGCUUCUGCAAUACCACUGCUUAUUAG